AGGCUCUAGUUGUAUCUGUUUAUUUACUGGAUUAAGUUAACUAUGGCCUUUAUGUUUCAACUCAGAAGAGAUCAGAUUUCACUUCGGCUUUGGGCACAUUCUUCUCGGACUAUAAACAACCCCCUUUGAAUGUAUUUUAUCAGUGGUUAACUAUUAAACCUGAGGGAUACAUCCCCAUAGCUCUUCUUAAAAGGUAACCGUUAGGCACAAAGGACACUUGGCAGUCAUCAUGAAGGCAUCGUGGUUCUUCUUUGCAUUUCUCUGUACUCUGGGUGUCAGUAUAGCUACGGUUUUGGUGCCAAAAAAUGUAGUAGAUGAAAAAGUCAUUAAGUGUUUAGAAAAAAAGUACACAUCCAACUCCUGCUUUAAAGUCUUCUGUGCUCCAUGGCAGCGGUGUGUGGAUGGAAGAUGUGUCUGUAAGCUGCCUUAUCAAUGCCCUCAAAAUGGAACUACCUUUGUUUGCACUGAAUCUGGAAGGCAAUUUAAGAACUACUGUCAUUUGAAGAGUGCUGAGUGUUCAAAUCCACUCCACAAGUUUUCUUCAGCUGCUCCAUGUAAUGGAGAAUUUGAAAUUUCUUUGAAAAUAAAACAAGUGAUUCAAAGGGAACAGUAAAAGUAAAAGUGCCCAGACUAGAAAACUAUUCCUACCUAUGCAGUGAAGGAUGGAGUAUCAAGGAAGCCAAUGUAGCCUGCAAACAGCUUCAAUUCUCCAAAGGUGCCAAACCAUCUUUUAAAAAUGAAGAAUUCACUGUGCCCGGAUCAGAAAACUGCCUUAAAGUGACAUGCCAAGGCUUGGAGAACUCUUUGAUGGAGUGUACCCUAAAGAAAAGCACUGGGAAUAAGCGAGCUGGAGUGGUUUGUUAUACAGAAGACAAAGAAUGUCAUAAAGAUGAGUUUAGUUGUGUCAACGGGAAAUGUAUUCCUUCCUCUAAAUCCUGUGAUGGUGAAAAUGACUGUGGAGAUCUCAGUGAUGAACUGUGCUGUCCAACGUGUAAGCAUGGCUUCCAUUGCAAGUCAGACACCUGCAUCCCAUUAGAGUAUAAGUGCAAUGGUGAGCUGGACUGUAUCACAGGAGAAGAUGAAUUAAACUGCACAGUGCCAAUAUCAGAAAACACCAAGCAGCAAGAGAAACACAAUGACCAGAAUCCAGUACAUGAACAAGAAGAUGCGGUGAAUUUUGACAUGAAUAAAGAGAGGAAGCUGUUAAGACAAAGUCUGCCUCGUUUAAGCUGUGGGGUUCCAAAAAGAGCUGCUCGCCAAAAGCGAAUCAUUGGAGGAACAAAGGCAGCAAAGAAUCAGUUUCCAUGGCAAGUGGCAAUCAAAGAUGGCACACAAGUAAACUGUGGAGGAAUUUACAUUGGAGGCUGCUGGGUACUGACAGCUGCACAUUGCGUUAGAGAAAACCAACCCCAGAAAUAUCGUGUAAUUGUUGAGCUUUUGGAUCGCCUGGCUUAUGGAUCAGAAAUCGACUCUUUUCCUGUGAAAUCUGUAAAAGUCCAUGAAUUUUAUGAUCCAAAUACAUAUGAAAAUGACAUAGCUUUGCUGGAAGUGUUGAAUAUAUAUAAAGAAGAGGCAUGCAUGCAGGCGGAUAAUAACCUUGUGCCAGCUUGUUUGCCUUGGUCGCAGUAUCAGUUCAAAGCCGGAGACACAUGUACAGUUUCUGGAUGGGGAAGAGCAGAAGGAUUGAAAAAAGUAUUUCAACUCAUGUGGGGUCAUGUUAACCUGAUGGAUAACUGUACUUCAGUUUAUAAAGAACGCUUCCUUGAUAAGAUGGAAUGUGCAGGUACAUAUGAUGGAUCGAUAGAUGCCUGUAAGGGUGAUUCUGGUGGCCCAUUGGUUUGCUUUGAUGAUAAUAAUGUUGCUUAUUUAUGGGGCAUAGUAAGCUGGGGGGAAAACUGUGGAGUUGCUGGUUACCCUGGUGUCUACACAAAAGUUGCAAGUUACUUUGAAUGGAUAAGUCGUAAGGUUGGAAGAGCACUCGUCUCGCAAUAUAAUAUUUAAUAGAUGAGUUGCAAGUUGAAUUUGUGAGACGUUUAAUAUACAGUAUAAAUAAUAUACUUUUGCAUGGGUAUAACUACUUAUUUGAAUUAAAAUAUACCAUACCAUGUGCUUUGCCAGUUUGAUGCUAUUAACUUGGAUCCAUUUUAAGGACCGUAAAUAUCACAAAAUAAAAAAAAUAAAAACA